GGAUUUUAAUGUGCCUAUGUGCUCCAUAGCCUUGUAAUGAUGCUACAGUAACUGUUCGUACAAUUAUUAUAUUAGUUCAAUUUCAUUUAUUGGGCACAUUUGAACGAUAAGUUUCACAUUUAAUUAUUGUAUCAUCUUUGGCGCUUGUGUUUAUGGUUUGAGAUAGCCUUAGAAUUUCUGGCUUAGGAGGGCAAUCAUGGACUGCAAGGGAACUAGUUGGGUGAAAAAAAAGAAGAAUGAAAUAUAUGCUGAACCAAAAUCCUUGUGUCCUGAAGAUAACUUGGGAAUCUGUCAUCCAAAUGAUUUUAUGAAGGAGGAUCCUGAACUAAAUUUGGAGGUGGCAGCCUCAAUAAGAAAUGCAUCUGAUAGUUUAAGUUUCAUUCAAAGUGCUGGUGACAGCUGUGACGUUUCAUAUCAAGAAACAUUACAUCAAGGAGUAGUCAAUGAAAAGCUGGAGAGAGAUGCAGAGAAGUCAACAGAUUUCAGUGUGUCUCACAACCAUACCAAAAUACAGACUUCACAAGAAGACGGCUUAUGUGGCACAAGAUUAAGUUGUAGCAUCAGGGAAAAGGAAUUCCAUAAGUUUAACUGUAGUUUCUGCCUACAGAGCUUCCCUUCAAAAUACACACUCAUAAUGCAUGUCUUCAUCCACAUUGACGGUGUGCAGGCACCUUCAUAUGUGUGUAAGUCAUGUGGUGAGGUAUUGCCCACUGAUGACUGCUUGAAAGAACAUUUGAGAAUGAGAGAGGGUGACCAAGCAUUAUCUGCUACCAACAGUAAGAAACUUGAAUGCAGUGAUGAUCAUGAAAACAAUAUCUCCUUCGAGUGUGUACGAGAAGGAAUCAUGGAACAGACUCAGAAGCCCCCUUCAUACAAGGUACCCAGGAAAACUUUUAAAAAAUCCUUUAAUGACAUAUGUAAUACACAUACUGUGAAAGAAGCUGAAGAGAAGCUUGAAAGACGUAAUGACUGUGGAAUUUUAUGUACAAGUGACCAUGUUCAUGUCCACACUGUGCUAAGUGCAAAGAGACAUCACAAAUGUGAUGUUCGUGGUAAGAUGUUUACUCUGUUACGCAAUCAUAAGAAACAACGAUCAAUACACUCUGGAGAGAGACCACACGAAUGCGAAGUUUGUGGAAAAUCGUUUACAGAAUGGGGCAGUCUCAAGAAACAUGAAUUAAUACACACUGGGAUGAGACCAUACAAAUGCGAUGUCUGUGGAAAAUCAUUUACUCGGUCGGGCCAUCUCAUGACCCACUUAUUAAUACAUACAGGAGAGAGACCCCACAAAUGUGAUACUUGUGGUAAAUUAUUUAAUGUAUUGAGUAAUCUCAAGGCCCACAAAUUAAUACACAGUGGAAAGAGACCCUACAAAUGUAGUAUGUGUGGAAAAUCUUUUACUCAUUGGGGCAGUCACAGGACACACGAAUUAAUACACACUGGACAGAGACCACACAAAUGCGAUGUCUGUGGAAAAUCAUUUACUCUGUCGCGCCAUCUCAAGACCCAUGUAUUAAUACACACUGGACAGAGACCACACAAAUGCGAUGUCUGUGGAAAAUCAUUUACUCAAUCAGGCCAUCUUAAGACCCAUAAAUUAAUACAUACAGGGGAGAGACGUCACAAAUGUGAUACUUGUGGUACAUCUUUUAAUGUAUUGAGUAGUCUCAAGGCCCACAAAUUAAUACACAGUGGAGAGACCCUACAAAUGUAGUAUUUGUGGUAAAUCUUUUACUCAGUGGGGCAGUCUCAGGAAACACAAAUUAAUACACACUACAUAGAGACCACUCAAAGCAUUGUUGAGGUCUGUAGACCUACACAAUUUGAUAGAAGACCACACGUGUUUUAUGAAAAUUGUUCGCAUGUGCUACAGAGAGGUCACAAAAAAUUUGACAAAUCCAUUUCCACAGCUUCACAUUCGAAGAAGUUACAUACUAAAUACAACAUAUGAAGCACACAAUUGUGAUUUUUUUGUUGCAAAUGCUCCAUGCUUUAAUGAUCGGGCUACCCAAAAUUUGUGCAUUGUCAGAUACCUUUCACUCGUUUGAGAAGUAGUUCUGUGCAGUUAUCAGGACCCCAUAUUCUUCAAGAGAAUGUACGAGUAUGAUGCUAAUUAUUUGAAAGAAACUGCCAUUUCAAUCUUCAUGAAGGUGUAUCCACUAGCCAGGCGACAGCAGAAAUGUGUUUAUUACACAUUCAUAAUGUAGGAUAUUUGUCUCAAGAAUGGAGAAAGAUACUAAAUCGCUUGAUUAUGCAAACAUAUUAUUGAGGUAAGCCUCCUUAAUAGUAAUGUUAUUUGUGUGAUCAAUAAUCUGCACACGUGUGAACUUUCUGUGCUAGUUCUCCGUUAGGAUUUAACUGAUGGUGGCAAGUAUGCAGAGAUAAGGGAAAAAUUAUAAUCAUCUGCCUAGUAGCGUUUUGAUUCACCUACAGACUGCAAUACAACAGUGCAUCUCUAUGGUAUGGACUCAUUAGUUCUUCGUUAGUUUUCCAGUUGUAAAUCGGACUAUAAGUCUACACACAUCUCACACCUUUCCCAUUAACUGUAGGCUAUCGGUUUGUUGCUGUCUAGUUGUUGUGCAAUAGCAUCCCAGAUUCGUUUCAUCAUGCAGUGUGAUUCUUACCUUGUAAUUUGGACAGUUAUCCUGCUGUAAGAUGUUGUCACUCUCGAAAAUACAUCAAGCAUCAAGUGAUAAGGUUGCAAUAAUGUUCAUGUUCUCCACAUCUGUCAUGGUGCUUUCAGUUAUGGCCAGCUGUUUUCUUGCCAUCACAUACGAAUAUCCCCCAUAGCAUGACACUGCCUCCAUCUUCCUGCACCUGUUCUGUGGUGCACGUAUGAAACAAAUAUUCAUCUGGAUAAUGUCAUAUCUGAGCACAACCAUUGACCUGGUCAGAAAGAAAUGUCAUUUAUCCCAACAUGUGACACUUCCUUAUAGGUAUGCAGUCCAAUCUCGAUUAUCCUAUUUGUAUUGCUACUGUAACUGACAACAUUGUUAGAUCAACAUGGGAAUACAAAGCUGUUACACAACUUGGGGCCUCAUGUUCAACAGUGUCUGCUUAAUAGCAUGAAACUCUCGAGCCUGCUCAAGCAUUUUCUCUGGUCUCCACAGAUUGCCAUCUAUCCCACUUUACAGAGCAGCUAGGUUCUGAUUUGCGUGUUCUAGAUAAUGCAUGGGCAUCCUACAACCUUUGUCACCUUGUGGUUUCACCAUCUUUCAACAAUGUUCCAUAGAGGCUCACGAUAGAAGCAUCUGCACAGCCAACCACAUUCGCUGCUUCUGAGAUGCACUUACCCAGGCACCAGGCAAAACCAUCUGCUCUUUGGCAAAGUUACUUAUGCCAUUUUUUCACAUACUGUCACUAGAAUGAUAACCACUCAUUUCUGGUUGUAUAGUUUCAUUACUACGUGACAUAGCCACAAUACCGCUGGGUAGCAAACACUCCUCCUACGGAAGUGGGUAUAAUGAUUUGGAUCAACAGUGUAUCUUCACAAAAAAGGGUCUUUCGGUAAAUUGAGUAGUAAUUCAAUUUUUCUGCUUUGUUAAAUUUUAUGUCAAUACACUAUUGUCAGUUCAAGUGCCAUAUUUCUUGUGAAAAAUUUUUGUAUUACAAAGCU